CUGUAACAGUUGUAACAGCAGCAAAAGGUCCAGUUAUCACUAAUAAAGUAUACUUUGAUAUUAAGCAUGGCGAUAAGGAAUUAGGUCGUAUAGUUAUCGGAUUAUAUGGAAAAACUGUACCAAAAACCGUUGAAAACUUUCUUGCACUGGCUACUGGUGAAAAAGGAUUUGGAUAUAAGGGGUCAAAAUUCCAUCGUGUGAUUAAGAAUUUCAUGAUCCAAGGUGGUGAUUUUACUAAACAUGAUGGAACCGGUGGAAAAUCUAUUUAUGGCGAUAGAUUUCCUGAUGAAAACUUUAAACUUCGUCAUACUGGUCCUGGUGUUCUUAGUAUGGCUAAUGCUGGUGCUGACACGAAUGGUUCUCAAUUUUUCAUUUGCACUAUUGCAACAAGUUGGCUUGAUGGUAAACAUGUAGUUUUUGGUUAUGUAUUGGAAGGAAUGGAUAUAGUAUAUCAGAUUGAAAAUGUUGAAAAGGGUGCCAAUGAUCGUCCAAAAGUAGAUGUUGUUAUCGCUGAUUGCGGUGAAAUCGAAAUUAAGGAAAGUGAAGCGCCAUUAAGAACACCGUUUUCACUUGACGAAUUGACAUUAGAACCUUCCUCUCAAUUUUCUUCAAAAUGGUUAAUAUUUAUGGGAUUCUCU